GGCACCUCCCUGGAAGAGAUGGGAACCCCACCAGAGAAGCUUGGGGUCCCCCUAGAGCUGGGGGCCUCCCUGCAUGUUCCCUUUGAGGAGCAGCCAGCUGGAAGGCUGCGGCCAGUACUGGAGAACCUCAGCCUGCUGUGGCCAGCACUGGAAGAGACCCUUAUCACUGGUGGGCAGCAGAUGGCCCGGCUCAUGGAGGACAUCACCCUGCGGAUGGGGAAUGUGAGUGGCCGUGGGACAGUGGGACUCCAGGAAGUCCACCCAAUCAACCUGUCCAACUCCCACCAUACACAGGAAAGAGCUCGGGAUGUCUAUUCCCAGCUAGAGAGCAGCCUGGCCCUUCUCCUGGCCCAGCAGCAGCAGAUGGAGGAGGUGAUGGAGAAGCUAUGGCAGAUGAACCAGAGCUUGGGCUUGGCACUGGUGGCUGUAGAGGGUGCACGGAACCAAGUGGAGAACCAUCUGCAGCACCUCCAACAUGUCCAGGACCAAAAUGGUCAGAGGCCAAGUGUCAUCUCCACCUGCAUCCUACACGGCUCCUACUUUGUGCUGCUGGUUGUGCUACUGGUGCCCACGCUGCCCCGUGCCAUCCUCCUUCUCCUCUUCCUCACCUCCAGCAUCCUUGCCGAGCUCCUUGGCAUAUCAGCGCUCUUAGCUCUCCUGGUCCUUGCUGUGGCAGGGAAGUGGCUUUUUGUGGCCACCUCCUGUGGUGCUGGAGGAGCUUGCUUGGUGUUUCCUCCCGAGAAGCCCUGUCCCUGGCUCACCUCCACCCCAGAGAGGGAACAUGAACUGAAACUGUUGCAGGAGCUGGACAAAAUGGAGAUGAGCUGCCUGCAAGAGCCUUCAUGCCUGGAGCAGCCCCCAGCAAUGGCCGGGGAAGUCCCCAACUUAGCAGGGCAGGUGUCAUCCAUCUGUGGUGCCUCAAGUACAAAGUUGAGCUAUGCGGAGAUGCUGGAGGUGGCCACAGGUACUGAGAAGCAUUGGGAGCCCAAACCCUACAGCCCAAGCCGAUCUCUGACCAGCAACAUGUCCUUGCGGUCUCAAUGCCAGGGGCUCACCAGGGUUGGGCAGCUGUGCAGGAAGAAAGCCAUCCCUGGGCAAGACUUCUGCUACGUCCACACCACCAGUUGACCUUUGUGCAGUGGCUUGGCCACAGUCUUGUACCACCAGAGUGGUUUUAAAUCCUUCUUUUUUGGCUCUUCCAGAUCCUGCUGGAGAACACGUGGUGGUGCUCAGG